CCCACUAGCAACAGUGGGACCACUGUCCCCACUUGUGACGUCAUAGAUUUCUAGCGUCCGAUAAUCCGUGCCCACGAGUGAAUUACUUGCGCGAGGGUCUGAGGAAGUAAAACGGCUCGACGAGGAAGUCCCCUCUCCCCAUCAAGUAGCGUGUGGUUUUCGCUUCCCACAAGUCUGCACCAGAAUCGCAGCACAUCCAGUGAAAAAAGCCUGUGUGGCGAUGUGCGUGCGUGCGCGUGUGUGAGCGCUUCGUGAAAAACCGUCCCUGUUGUCGAUUUGAUCGCUGAAAAGCAGCAGAAAACUUGCUCUUCUCUUGGGGAAGUGGCCAGACAAAUAGAAUAUCGAUCGAGUUGAUCGCGGGCAUCGUGGAAAGUGGAGUUUUUCGUCUGUUUUCGUCGUCCUGGCGUUCCUCGGAGGCGUCAUUUUUUGGGUGCAGUUCACAAAGGGUCCUGUAGAUGGCGCGACAGUGAUGGCACGCAAACGUCACGGCAGGGCUUGCUAAAAAAAAGUGCGUGCGCGGCUGGCGAGCCAGAGGAGGAUGUUGUGAAACGGUGUUUUUAGCGUAAUUUCCUUUUAUUGUUCAAACGAAACAUUUAAUUCGUUUUAUUAGUGUAAAUAAUAUAGGAUUGUAUUUUAUACAUCGAACCAGCAAAGCUGGACGUGACCCCAAAUCAGUACAGAUUUGUAGUUAACCAAAUCAUCGUAGCAACCAUCGGGGUGGCGAAGAAAAGACGAUGCUCGCAUUCCCCAACAACCGGGCUGCAUCUAGUUAACAUAGAAGCGACCGCGAACUCGUCGUGGCGGUGUAGGAUUGUCUAUAAUAUUUCCUAAAAAGAAGGAACCGUGGACAAAGUGAUGGCUUUUGAGCGGCUAAUUGUGAAUGAGCAGUAGAGAGGUGUUUACUGGCGUCGCUUCGUGGUGUGUCACGUUUGUUGCGGAAGAUGGCUCAAUUCUUUCAAAUCGUCCAGUCGAAUGAUCUGAAGAAUAUGUACCCGCAGCUCAACAUCGACAACAGCAUUCAGCUAGUGAUGGGCGAUGACAUGCAGUUUGGCUCGCAACAGGUGAUACUGCCGCAAGACCCUUCAUCGGAUAUGCAAAUGCAACUCGGCGGAGGAGCAGGAGCAGACAGCAGCAAUCAGCAAAUGCAGCAAAUCGUUUACCAGACGACUUCGCAGAGUAUUCCUCCGCUGCAACAGAUACCGCAGCAGCAGCAGCAGCCGCCGCAAACUAUAAAUACAACGAAUUAUAUUGUAAAACAAGACGAUAAUCCUAUGAAUAGUACAUUCAUGGGUGGCACGACAGACCAGCAUUUGGCGCAGGGAAUGGGCGCUCCUCAGCAACAAUCGCAGCAAGCGCCACAGCAGCAGCAGCAAAUUUAUUAUACAGACGAUACAACCGGACAGAUGGUGCAUGCGGCCAACAUCGUUCAAAAUCACGAUCCGCUAAAUGAACCCGCCGCCCAGCAACCGACUCUUCAUACCAUGCAGACGGCUGCCGAGCAGCAGUAUCAACAGCAGAUGCAUCAAGCCCAGUCGUUGCCGCAGCAACCGCAGCUCACUGCGCCACACCAGGUUAUUAAUGUUCAAGGAAUGCAACGACAAGGCGGUUCGAUCAUUCUUCGUCAAACGGAUCCAACGAAGCAGCAGCCGGUGGCGAUGGCCCAACCGGUACUGCACGAUGUGCUCGGUAGUCCACAGCAACAGCAGGGAGCGAACCAGGAGUCACAUCAACAAGUAGAUACCCUGCAGCAACAAGAGAUCCAGCAACCGCCACAACCACCACCACCACCGCAGCAGCAGCAGCAGCAGCAGCAGCAGACGCAGAUGCAAGCGAAUCAACACCAAAUAGUUUACCAGCAUACGCCUAACCAGCCAAACAUGAGCAUCGGUCAACAGAUGGUUCCACAAAUGACACAGCAACGCAUCAACAUUAAUAAAUCGACGAUCGCAAUCACCCCUCAGCAACAUCAGCAACUGUUUCAACAACAACAGCAGCAGCAACAGCAGACGAUUCCACUUCAGCAACCAGGGCAGGUCGUCGGUAUCAAUACGAUGGGCAAUAAAGGUGGUAUGCGGCACUGCCUGAUUGUAACGCAAACAGGCCAAAAUCAGCAUCAGACGCAACAGCUGCAGCAAGUUGUUGUCAGUCAACAGCAGCCCACUAUACAAAUCCAGUCUCCCAUCACGUCGCAACCUUCGCUGAUCAUUCAGCAACCAGCUCAGUCACCGGCGGCGGGGCCUCAGCAGCAAGCGCAGCCAAGACUCGUUGCAGCGAUCGUAAAUUCCAACGCAACCCGUGCAAAGGCUCCGCGUCCGCGCCUAAAUCGGAUGCCCGUUCCAAGGGCACCGGGUGUGCCAACGGUGCUACAAACACGCCCGGCUGGAGUAAAGAUUAUGACGACCAUACGACCGACCAUAGGAACGACGGUGGCUCAGUCGCUCCCUUCGCAACCACAACCAACAGUGCAAAUUACGGGCCGAGGAAACUACAUCAUUGCCAAUGCGCGGCCUAAAUUCAUGCCCAUCAGUCAGCAGCAGCGCGGACCGCUCGCGACCAUGGGCCCAAAAUUGGCCAUAAUGCAUCGACCGGUAGGAUCAUCCCAGGUUCAGCAACCUCAACAAAAUCAGCAGCAAAUACUGCAAGGACAGGGGCAGGGCCCAACCGUAGGAACCGUGCAACCGCUGUUAGUUAGCCAGGCAUCUGCACAAACGACAAAGACCCCGACCGUUGUUCCGGUUGGGUCCACUUCUUGUUCCGAUAGCAACGAUCUAGGAGACCUGGAGGAUAGCAUAAAAGCCGCCGUCGUAACGAAGCGUGCUGCGGACGAUACGAAAAGUGCAGCGGUACCAAAUGCAAGCGGUACCACUGCGGUUAUAUAUCAGGCACAGCAGCAGAAUCAGCAAGUCAAUACACAAUCUUCGCAGCAGGUCCAAAUGGCGAAUGCAAACUUUCCGGACAACUCUGCGAAUCUUAUUCAGCUGGCCAAUGGACAAACGAUGACUUCGGUUCAGUUCCGCAGCUUCCAGGAAAAGCAACAGCUUCGCCAGCAAGAAGCAUUUCGCGGGGGUUUCAAUCAGCAAGUACGUCUACGGGCGCCUGUGCGCAACAUGGUUGUUCGGCCUCGCGCCCCUUUAAACCGCCAAACGGUGGCUUUGCACGCUCAACAGUCUCCGGUGCAGCAGCUACAACAAUCUCCUGUGACACAACAACAGCAACAACAGCAACAGCAGCAGCAGCAGCAGCAGCAGCAGCAGCAGCAGCAACAGCAACCGAUGCAAAUGGCCACUCAUCAGCUAAUUCAACAGCAGCCGCAAUUGACUCAACCUAUAACGAUACCAAACGUGCAGCAAUCUCAGCAGUUGCACCAAAUUCAGACCGUGCAGCUACAGCAGCAACAGCCUCAGACUAUACUUACGCAGCCAACGAUCAUCCAGCAGCACAUCAUCCAGGAACCGGAGAUGCGCGAAAGUGCUCGGAUGCUGGUAAUCUUGCAAAGCGGCGAGCAACGGCUGAUCACGUUUACGCUACCGAAGGAAAGCUGCACGGUACAGGAACUGCUGGAGCAGGUGGGCGUGCAGUACUCGCCGGAAAGUAACAUCCAGUGUAUUUCGAAUCCGGGUGGAGAUAUCGAUUACAUCGUAACGGUCGGGAUUAAUAUGCAGGAAACGAGCGAGGUGAUCAAGCAGGCGGAACAUACAAUCAAAACGCAAGCUCUGCAGCAACAGAUGCAACUUCAACAACAGCAACAACUCCAACUGCAGCAACAGCAACAACAGCAGCAACAGCUUCAGCAGCAGUUACUGCAGCAACAGCAGCAGCAACAACAACAGAUGAUGCCCUCGACGGUAGUUAUGCAGCAGCAGUUUAAUCCGCAGCAACCGAUGACGAUUACUCUCCAAGCUCAGCAGCCACAGCAACCACAGCAACCGCAACAACCUACUCUGAGUGUUAGCUCGGCGCAGCCGACAUUACGGUUCAAUGAUUCAUUCCGGCAAACGAUUGCCAUGUCCACCAGUGGGGCUGCACUGCGAACUCUAGACUCUAGUGCGUCCGUUAGCACACCGGAGCUGGAAAGCGGAAAGCGCGAACCACCGGUAAAGCUGGUGAAAGGCUUCCUGGCGCUGUGUGCUGCCUGCGGUGCCGCGAGUGUAGAUCAUGCCAAGUGUCAGCGGUGUAAGCGGGUGUUUAUUGAAACACCACGCCGUAUUCCGGAACAGGACAGCAGUGCGUCACCAAACCCGCCACCACUGAUACCCACUUCCACCUCGACACCGCUGGCCUACGUGAACCGCAAGCACGACCAGUACGGCAAGAAGCAGCCAUCGAUGAGCUUCAUGUUGGCGAUGCGGGGUCGCGGUGGGUCACGCAGCGGCCGUGGUAGAACCCGUGCGUCUUCCAGUGCUACCGUCACACGGUACCCCGACGCGGAACCAGUGGUCUUUACCCUCAGCAGCGACGACGAGGACUCCAACGCUAGUACUAGAACGAAAACGUUCUUCAAGAGCUCGAUCACCAGCAACUCAAAGUUGAAUAUAACUCCUAACGCGAUCGGUGUGCGUGAACCACUGCCCUUCGAACCGGUCAUUAGCGAUACCGAACCUAAAAUUGACAAACCGCGGUUGGAUGUAACCGACGUGAAGAAUCUACCGGAUGGCCAGAUAACGCAGCUCGACUGUACCACCAUACGCGUGGGCUCGCUGAAGUAUGAAGCGAAUGAGAAGGUUACCAUCUCGUCGAAGGGGCUGCGGAUUGUGGCACCGAAUGUGAAGCGCCCGGAAGAGUAUGUCAGUCUGGAUCUGCAGAUGUACGAGAUCGUGAAGGUGGUGGUGCACUUUUCCAAGGCCCUCAACAUCAUGUUCGUGUACACGUUGCCCUCCUGCGCCGUUUACGUUCGGCAGCACCUGCAGAUGGAACUGAGCGACGAAAAGCUUCCCUACUUUAGCCCGAUAAGCCGGGAGAAUGAGACGCACAAGCGAAUUACGCUGAUGAUGGAACGCGUGAGCGAGGAAUCGAAAGCGAUCAUCAAAAACAUUUUCGUCGGCCAGCAGAUCGAAGAAAUUACGGCGCGCGAUGCCAAUGAGCUGCUGUUACGCUGCUCGCCACCCCGGUCGAUCUCAUCGCCGGCUGUCCAUGGGCGCAACAACAGCAACAACAACGGGCUCGACAGCGAUUCGAUGCUGGAUGUGACGGAGAUUCGGCGGAUACUGGUGUACCCGCCCGGUACGGGCGGUAUGUCGAUCAACACGCAGGACUACAUGUGCCUGGCGAUCGAUCAGUAUCUGAACGAUAUCAUCAUUGACUUCUAUCUGAAGUACUUGCGGCUGGAGCUGCUGAACGAGGAGGAACGCAAGAGUGUCCACAUUUUUAGUACGUUCUUCUACAACCGACUGACAAUGGCCCCGGCACGGCAACGUGGCAGUGCCAGUGGUGCCACGAACGGGGACAAAGAUGUGCGUCAAACGGCGGCCCAAAAGCGACAUGCCCGGGUGGCCAACUGGACCAAACGGGAGAACAUCUUCGAGCGCCAGUUUGUCGUGAUACCGAUCAACGAACAGUCACACUGGUUUCUGGCCAUCAUCUGUUUCCCGGGGCUGGACGGUCCCGUUUCCAUGACCAGUAAUGCCCCGGCCCAGAUACGCAAAUCGACGACUUCCGCGACGACGACGACGACGGCAGCAUCAUCAUCAUCAUCAUCGUCGUCGGUAAAGUCAACAUCGUCGACGUCGUCAAUGAAGUCCGUAAAGUCGUCUAGCAACAUGACACUCCAGAUUGGCAACACCACGAUAACACCCGUGUCAAAGCGUGAACUGGAAUCGAUUACACUCGGUGGCGACGAUGAGUGUGAACGGGAUGAGGCCGAGGGUGAUGAGAGUGAGUUGGCGAGCGAAGCGGAGGAAGCGGAAGACGAGGAACCGACCGAUGUACGACCUGCUAUUAAACAACCGUGCAUCCUGAUCUUCGAUUCACUGACCGGUGCGUCAAGGAGCAGGGUAGUCGCGACACUGCGCGACUACCUGACGUGUGAGUAUCGGGCAAAGAUGCCCGGCAAGACGCCCAAGGUCUUCAAUAAGCACAACAUGCCUGGCCACUGUGUGAAGGUACCGCAGCAGAACAACUACACCGAUUGCGGUCUCUAUCUGCUGCAGUAUGUGGAACACUUUUUCCUGAAUCCUAUUACGGAUUAUCAUCUACCUAUUAAGCAACUGCAGGACUGGUUCGACACGAUCACCGUGACGAAAAAGCGAGAAGACAUUUCCAAUCUGUUGAAAGAGCUGGUGGAGAAGCAGAAUCCGGAAGAGCUACCACUGCCAGUGAUCGAUUUCCCAACGCUAAACGGCAAGCUUAUCAUUGAUCCUGAGGAAGGCAUGAAUGAGCCCGAGUUUGAGGAGGAAGAGAUGGACGAGGAAGAGAUUGGCAAAACAUCGGAUGCAUCGUCGGGUACGGUCACUAAGAAAGAUAGCAGUAGCGCAGAUCUGGGCAACAGUUCCUCACAGCUUAGUGGAACAGGCGUUAGUCUUAUUAAACCAAUCGGCUCGAAGCGGACAUUCACAAUCAGGCGCAACGCUAGCCAAAUGUUCGCCAAUCGAAAUAAUAGUAACAAUGCUGCCAGCUUUAGCAGCAGUUCAUCUGAGGUACAGCAGCUCGGCACGGGGACUAGUGUGAAGCGACCACUCGAUGGCGCCAGUAGUAAGCUACAGCAGCAGCAGCAGCAGCAAUCUAUGGAUGGCAUAGCGAGCAGACCGAAAGCACCCCGAAUCAGUGAUAGUUCCAAUAAGAUCAUAAGCUCCUAAGCUACUUAGUAACCGGACAGUGAGGCGAGGCCCGCUCCGGGCAUGACUUGAAAUACACCAGUAAUCACAUUUAACUGCUAUGAAAGCGUCAAACAUA